GGAAUCCCCAAACUGUGACGCGGAGAUAAACACGGAAGCACCACAAAGAAAACACGACUCGUCGGCUGGGUGCCUCAAAACGUCUGUGCGGCCGAAAUGAGCCUUGGUUAAGUAAUAUUCCAGUGGAUUUCCACAAACCGCAGUGUCGUUCAGUUUGUUAGUUUGGCCACCACCCAUCUAGCAGCCUAAAUGGAGAACGAUAGCGCUGUGGUUCUGGCCACAGAGAGAUACGGCAGUGCAGGGUCCUGGAGGUAUUUUGCAAAGGGUGAAGUGGUGGAGAGGAGGAGGGAUUGCAGUGAAGGGGAAUCAAGAGGAAACUCUGUUGUUGGAGUUUUUAAAAGUGUGUUUCUGCCUCAAGGCUACCCAGAGAGCGUCAGCGACGACUACCUGCAGUACCAGUUUUGGGAUACGGUGCAGGCUUUCUGCAGCUCCCUGACAGGGACUCUGGCCACUCAGGCCUCUCUCAAAGGAGUCGGUGUUGGAAACCAAGAGGCGACAGUGGCUGCGGCCACAGUCACCUGGUUAUUAAGAGAUGGAACUGGCAUGUUGGGAAGAAUCCUCUUUGCCUGGCGGAAAGGGAGUAAACUGGACUCCGAGGCCAAAAAAUGGAGGCUUUUUGCCGAUGUUCUCAACGACAUCGCCAUGUUCAUGGAGAUAUUGGCUCCAUACUUUCCUGCUUGCUUCACCUUGAUUGCGUGUACUGCAGGGAUAUUCAAGUCCAUUGUUGGAGUGGCAGGCGGAGCGACCAGAGCUGCUCUGACUGUUCAUCAGGCUCGCAGAGACAACAUGGCGGACAUCUCUGCCAAAGAUGGCAGCCAGGAGACUUUAGUGAAUUUGGCUGGACUGCUGAUCAGUUUGAUACUCAUUCCCCUCGUCACUAAUAACCCAGUACUGACUCUCAGCCUCUUCUUCCUCUUCACUGUCCUCCACCUCUUUGCCAAUUACAAGGCUGUGCGUUCGGUUGUCAUGGAAACCUUCAAUGAGGCACGGCUUUCAAUUGUUUUGCAGCAAUACCUGAAAGACAAACGGACCCUGAGUCCACUAGAGGCCAAUCAGAGAGAGCCAGUUUUCUUGGAGUUUAAGAAAACCGUGCCAAUCAAACUUGGAGUGAGGCUACAGGAAGUUGUGCAAAGCCCAGAGGAAUUUCAGUUGGCUUUGAAGGAAAACAACAUGCCUUACCUCUUAGGUGUGAGAAACGGGUGCAUAUGCGUUUGUUUGGGGCCAGAAGCAUCAGUACAUGAUGAAAUCAGAGCGAUGUGCCAGGCUGUGUGGAUCAGCAGCACGUUGAGCCCUCCAACUUCCACAGAGCCUCCUACUCAACAACAGCAAAGUAACUGGGAAAUGGUGCAUGAGAGCCACAAGCUGAUGGACACAAUUUUCAAUCCAUUUCUCAAAGGUGUGGAAGCUGCGGGAUGGGACAUAAAACGAACUCUGCUGGACUGGGAUGAGUGGAGGGUCGAGUGGAAAUCUAAAAGCAGCUGAGCUGUUUGGCAUCUGCAGCUAAUACUCAUUGUUUAUAUCACAUUGUUUAACAUUUAUUAAACAAUGAUAUUUUUAA